AUGGAAACAAAUGGGAGGAGAUAUUUGGAUCGAGGUGCACAGGGACGGGUUUAUCAUUUGGAGGAACAAAAUAUUGUUCUGAAAAAGAGCAUCAAUUGGAAAAAUAGUCGCCUCUACGAUUUGGCGAAAAAUGAAUGUCGUCUCUUGCAAGAAUUGCGACACCAAAACAUUGUCCAUUUUGUGGAUUGUGAAGAAAGAGAAGUCCCGAAUGAAAAUAUUGUUGUUUUCUAUCUCAAAAUGGAGUAUUGCUGUCAUGGAUCAUUGAAAAGAGUUCUAAAGAAUCCGACGUUUAUCUACUCGGUGGCGACAAUUGUUUCUUGGAUGGAAAAUAUUUUUUCGGCUUUAGCUUUUCUUGCCGAGCAUCACAAAAUUCACCGGGAUAUCAAGGCGGAUAACAUCAUGGUCGAUGCCAGCUUUACCUUGAAAUUGGGAGAUUUCGGCUCGGUGAAAGAAACCGAGAAAACGGCAUUUGAUUCAAUUUUUGGUGGAACUCCUGGCUAUAUGGCACCAGAAGUUUGCAAAGAAAGAAAGUUCAGUCAUAGAAGUGAUAUCUUCAGUGUGGGAAAGGUGUUGAAAGAGAUCGUGGAGAGGAGGCUACUCCAUGAAGACAAAUCAAGUUCAAAUUUUGGUACAAGCAAAGAUUUAGACUUUGUUCUCACUGUUUGUCCCAAGGAGAUUAAAGAAUUAAUCACUUGCUGCACUAAAGAGAACUAUCAACAACGAAAAAGUGCAGCUGAAUUGCUGCUGGAAAUUCCAAUUUUGAGAAAGCAUCAGCCCGGAAUCAGACUCACAGGGGAAGGUCACAAAGCUGAGCUUUUUUCCUCAUUCCCUUCAAUUGCUGUCGAUAUAAAAGAGACAAUUCUCUGGCUUCCAAUCGGUUUAAAUGGAGAAAAUGAUCGACACGCUGUAUAUAAAGAUGAGAACUUUUAUGUUCCCAGUGUCUCAUCUUUUCCUCUGAAUUUACCAGCUUUCGAAGAGUACGAUGAUCCACGAAAUGUCAUUUACGAGAUUACGUUAGCUGCCAAGAAUGAGAAAGAAAUUCUUUCUUUUGCAAAAUCGCUGAGCUUGGACACGAUGAUUCCCCAAUUUUAUUAUCCGCAUAAAAUUCGAAAAGAUAUCGAAAGAUUUCUGAAUUCCCUGGCAACAGAUUUGAGAUUUCAAUUCCCAUUCUCGAAUCGAAUUCUCGAUUUUCAUAACACGGAAAAUGUGAAAUUGCAAAGUUUGGUCUCACAAAUGGAUGAGAAGAAUUUAGAAAGUUUUGCGAGCAAUUUGCAAAUGUUGAUUGAUGGAGCAAAGAAUUUGCAAUACGUUUACUCGUACGAUUAUGUUUCACAAAAGAAUUUCGAUCUAUACACGGAAAUGAUCGACGAGAAUUUGGCAGCUGAAUUCACCGAUUUCUCAGCUGAAUCCUUCAAAAUUCCAGAUUUUCAAAUCCCAGAUUUCCUCAACGUUUCUCAAAUCAAUGACGGGAAAAGUGAUGAGAAUUUGACGUAUGAGUACGUCGCGAAACAGCUCGAUCACAUUUUGCGACGUGACUACGCGACACAACAUUUCGUUUACAGUUCGAUCUUCGAGACUUUACUUGAGUUGAACUCAGCUGAGUUAAACUCAACUGAGUUUAUCCAACCCUAUAAUGUGAAAUUUUUGAAUAAAGCUUUUCAAAUAAGGACACGAUCGGUGAUCAAUUUCAAAAAUGACUACAAAUUGUACUAUGUGAUCUCAACGGAAAUGAUCAUUCACCUAUUGCAAGAGGAAAUUUCGUGUUUUCAAGAGGAGGAGAAAGGUCGGAGAAAGGUCGAGGAGAAAGCUCCGGAACACACGGAUUUGGCUGGAGAUAAAGCACAUGAAGCAAAAGAGUCGACAAAAGAGACUACAAAACAAUACGCACAACAAGCCGGGAGAAAGUUGAGCAAUGCAGCAGAAAAACCUCCUGAAAUGCUCAAAAACUUCGAAGAUUUUUGGCGAAAUCUCCAGCUGCAUGAUCUCAAUGGCCAAAAAAAACGAAUAAAA